AUGGGGGCUACAGCUUCUCAGAGCACCUACCCUGCAGGAACUAGCAAAACCAUGAGUGUGAAGGAGACUUGUUUGAUUUGCUUCGAAGACACUCCUAUUGCUCGAAUGUUUUCAAUUGGUACUUGCCAUCACAAAUAUUGCUUGUCUUGUAUGAAACGUCAUGUGGAAGUAAAUUUGCAAAGCGGGAUUGUGGCACAAUGCCCUCAUAAAGACUGUAAAUGUGAAGUGAAUAUUAAAACCUGUAAAAAAUUAUUGUCACCUAAACUUGCCGACGUUAUGAUCAAACGAAUCAAGGAAUCUUCUAUUCCUGCUACAGAGAAAGUGUACUGCGCAUUUAUGAGGUGUUCUGCGUUGAUGUCCAAAAAGGAGGUCUUGCAACAUACCAAAAGUUCUUUUGCUAUUGUGGGAGGCAGGAAGUGCAUGAAAUGCCAUCAAUUAGCAACCUAUUCCCUCGCAGAAGGGCAAUUGCUAAAGUCGCUUGCGAUGAGAAACUAUGGCGCCAGUGUUCCAAGUGCAAACAUAUGGUUGAACUUGAUAGUGGCUGCUACCACAUCACUUGCAGGGAAGAAUGAAUAA